AUGCAGCAGAGCGGAGCGGCUGGAUGCCGUGGCUGCGCUCUCUUCUCUCUGCUGGGCGUCCUGUUCUUCCAAGGUAUUUAUAUCGUCCUUUCCUUGGAGAUUAAUGCAGAUGCCAAUGUCCGAGGUUAUGUUGGAGAAAAGAUCAAGUUGAAAUGCACCUUCAAGUCGACUUCAGAUGUCACUAACAAACUUACCAUAGACUGGACAUAUCGCCCUUCCAGCAGCAGUCGCACAGAAUCAAUUUUUCAUUACCAGUCUUUCGAGUAUCCCACCACAGCAGGUACAUUUCGGGACCGGAUUUCCUGGGUUGGAAAUGUAUACAAAGGGGAUGCAUCCAUAAGCAUACGCAACCCUACCAUAAAGGACAAUGGGACAUUCAGCUGUGCUGUGAAGAAUCCCCCAGACGUGCACCAUAAUAUUCCCCUGACAGAGCUAACAGUCACAGAAAGGGGUUAUGGCACCAUGCUGUCCUCUGUGGCCCUUCUUUCCAUACUUGUCUUCAUCCCCUCAGCAGUGGUGGCGGUUCUGCUGCUGGUGAGAAUGUGGAGGAAGGCUGCGGGGCUGAAGAAGAGGAGCAAGUCUGGUUAUAAGAAGUCGUCUAUUGAGGUUUCAGAUGACACUGACCAGGAGGCAGAAGAUGAGUGCGUGACGCGGCUUUGUGUCCGUUGUGCCGAGUGCCUGGAUUCAGACUAUGAAGAGACAUAUUGAUGAAAGUCUGCAUGAUAUAAGAAGAGUCACCUAACAACAGAA